AGAGACGAAGUCAUGAGCGGAAGUUUGGAGUGGAGCGCGGCGCACAAGGAUGAAGGGUUCUGGCGAGAGUGCGCGACAAAGUUGACGGAUAACAACUGUCAAAUAUUGCGCGUGCUGAUCAAACUCAUCGACGGUAGCGAGGCGAUGGAUCCGAAGACGCUCGCCGUGGCGUGCAACGACAUCGGAGAAUUUGCCGUUCACUAUCCAGCCGGGCGAUUCCUCGCGAAUGAUUUAGGGGGUAAAGAACAUAGCAUGCGAUUGAUGUCGCACGAAGACGACGAAGUUCGCAAAUCUGCGCUACAGUGCGUGCAA